UUUGGCGCCAUUCCACUCCCAUCCCUACCCCUCUUCCCUUCUCUCUCCCUCUUUGCGAUGCUCUUCUGUCUUCCCAUCAAAGUAUCACACUGUUCAUUGCAUUGCAUUGCAUUGGCAACAAUAGUAAGAAAACAAGAGCAGAGAGCCUUGCAAAAUCAAACAAAAUGGUUCUCCUCCACCACCAAACCCUUUCCCGUAAAAGACCCCCCUCCAAUACCUUCGUUUCCCCCUUUCCCCAACCCCCUCCCAAAAUCCCCAAAUCCACCACCACCCCCUCCUCCUCCGCCAAUCAUCAGACGGAAACUCUCUCUCAAGUCGACAAGAUGGUUUCAGUCCUAGCCGACGCCGGCUGCACUCUGAUCAACCCCUCCGGCCCACCCUCCCUCCCUUCCGACCCCCACAAGCUCCGCCGCCAUCUCCACCGCCUUUUCUCCUCCGACGCUUCCCUCCGCUCCUCCUUCCUCUCCGGCUUCUCCUCCUACAUCCUCUCCCCCCUCAAUCUCCGCAUGGUUUUAGUCUCUUCUGAUUCGGUAAGAAACGAAAGCCUUGUUCGAGUUCUAUUACUCGUGCCUUCGAUCCAGUUAGACCUUCUAAUCAUGUUGCUCGAGAAGCUUCCCGAGUACUUUGAUGUUGGCAAUGGUUUGGGCCUUGAUGAUGAUGUGUCGAGGUUAAUCUUGAACCAAUUCAGGUGGCUUGACUUCCUUGUGGAUUCUGAUGCGUUUGCGGAGAAGUUGUUGCAAGUGCUCUCCAUUUGCCCUCUUCACUUGAAGAAAGAGAUUAUUGGAUCCUUGCCGGAGAUUAUUGGCGAUCAGAACAAUAGGGCCGUGGUUGAUUCGCUUGAACAAAUGCUUCAAGAGGACUCUGCUGUCAUUGUGCCUGUUCUUGAUUCUUUCUCCAAUCUCAACUUGGAUGAUCAGCUGCAAGAGCAGGUGAUUACAAUAGCAUUAUCGUGCAUUAGAACAAUAGAUGCAGAGCACAUGCCAUAUCUGCUUAGAUUCUUACUGCUUUCUGCGACACCAGCAAAUGCUCGAAGAAUAAUCUCACAUAUUCGGCAACAGUUAAAAUUUGUUGGAGCAUCAAAUACUCGUGUAGUACAGAACAGUAAACUUAAAGGAAAAUCACCUGUGGAUACUGCAGAGGUUUCAAUUCUCGAUGCCCUGAGAUCUUGUCUUCAGUUUAAAAAUACACUUUGUCAGGAGAUAUUGAAAGAACUGAAAUGCCUUGAGACAGCUCGGGAUCAUAAGGUCAUUGACGUAUGGUUGCUUAUGCUCAUAUACAUGAAUGGAGAAUCUUUGCAAAAGAGUGUUGAAAAUAUUUUCAAAAAGAAAAUUAUUGAAGGUUGUAUUCAGGAUGUUUUGUUUGACCAGUGCAUUCGUGGGAAUAAGGAAUUGGUACAGGAUUAUAUCCCAUCCUUUCUAUCAUUGUCCGAGUGUUUACUGGCAUGCAAGGAACAAAAACCAAGGGAAUUUGGCAUUCAUAUCUAUAGAUCUCUGUUUGAAGAAUUUGUUGAUACUUCUUCAAGACAAGAAGUUCUAGGCACAUUAGUAACUCAUAUGGGUUCUGGCGUUAGUUUUGAAGUGAGUUCUGCCUUGGAGGCCAUGGUUUUGCUUGCAUCCAAGUAUUCAGAGGAAUUAAUUCCACUUUCUUCUCACAUAAGUGGUAUCUUGGAUUACCUGGAGGGAUUUAGUGUUGAAAAUCUGCACAAGGUCUAUGAAGUUUUUAGCCUUCUAGCACUGUCUGCAUGGUCUAGUAAAGAGUCAGUUGGAUCUUCCAUUGCAAAUGAGCUCUUGAUGAUCGUACGGAAGCAGGUCAGUAAUCCAGAUUUGAAGUAUAAAAAGAUGGGCCUAAUUGGGACCCUGAAGAUAGUUUCCUGUCAUGGGGAUGCAAAUAAUGCAGCCUGUUCCUCAUCUCAGAAGUCAAAUUAUGAGGAGGCUCUUGAACUCUUGAAAUUAUCUAUGGAGUCUUGCAAGCAGUUGCCUUUACCAUUGAUCCUGUUUUAUGAUGAACUCAUUUCUGUAUUGGAUUGCAGAACUCUUCACCCAGCUAUCAUGGAAUGGAUUGGCAAACAUGCCAGUGAGUUUGAAUCAUUAUUUUUGUCUGAUCUUGAAGGUGGGCAAUUGCCUAUUAAGGACUCAAACUGUGGUCUAGAAGGGGAACUAUGGAUGAACUUGGAUGGUGAUAUAUCUCCAGUUUGUCUUAACAUAUUGCCAUUGGUUUUGGCAUCGAUGCAGUCUGGAUCAUUAUUACAAAUUCUUCCCGCUAAAUUUCUGUUACUCUCUACAAUUGAAAGGUUGGCGAACCAGGGAUCUCUUGGAGGAAUUGAUGCACUACUUGGCUGCCCUUUGCACCUUCCUUCCUUUCAGAUCUUCUCUGAACAGGCAUGGCAGACUUCGACUGACAAACAGAAAAAAAUUGUUUGCAUUUCUCUCUAUUAUGCAGCUAACUGGAUACGGGAGUUGCUUAAUGCUUUCUGUACACAAGUUUCUGGAAGAUUUGACUGUGUAACUCAAGCAACAAAGGAGGAAAUAAUUGUCAAGUUAUUGAAGCGCUUGAGGAAUCUUGUAUUUCUGGAGAGCCUGUUGAACAAUUGUCUCAAACAGUAUUCUCUAUUUCUGCCUGACCUCUACCCUCACAUGGAGUACCCUGCAUCGUCAUUGUCAAACCAGCCUAGUUAUAUCGGGAAUUCUGAAAAGAAGAGUGAGCGAAUGAAAGCAAACGAGAGUUCAUCUCCCAACAAAAAGGGCAAAAAUGGAAGGACAUCAAAAGCAUCAACAAGUUCAGAUGUAAAUGGAAAAUUCAGGCAGCCCACAAUUGUGGAUUCUUUGAGGAAAGCAUGUGGCACGACAAGCCAAGAAGUGCCAAAUGAGGAUUCUUCUUGUCUGCACUCUAGGGAUAGCAUAGCUGAGCCAGCAUCCCCUCAUGCCAGUGACUCUAGUGAAGUUGUAAAUGUCGAAGUUUCUGCAGCUUCUGAGGUUCUAGAGGCACAGAGAUACAAAUUCAGACCUCUUCUUGUUGACUGCUUUUCUAUUUUGGCAUUUUCAAAGAUGCAGAAUCAAGAUUCAUGUUGCCCAGAUCCUGCGGCAGAGUUACCCCUGCAUCUGUACCUUCUUCGUGAUCUUCAUUGCAAGUUGGAUUACUUUAGUCCUCCAAGAAAGCAAUUUUCAGCCAGAUGCUUAAGCAAUCCACCUGGUUUUAGCAGGAUGACAGCAAAUGAGUUCUUAAGAAAGAUCCUACCACUAUUUUCAAGCCUUCAGAAACAUCUUAAUUGUGCAGUUCAUAUUCUUAAAGAAGGUACUGAGUUUUGUCAAGAACAUUGGAGUGUCCAGUCUGCUUUAGCCAAGAACCCAGAUUUGACCAACAUGGUUGUUUCGAAGUCAUCAGUUUGCAAUUCACUACUUAAAGAAAUACUUACAUGCUUUCGCAAGAUGUUAAAUCUUCCAGAUAUUCAGGCAGAAAAAUCAGUAUUGUCAGAUCUUCUUGAGGCCUUCCAGCCCACCAAGAUACCAGAUAGCAUUUUUUCAGGAAUGCAAGUAAUCCCUUCCCCUGGGAACAUAGAUUAUUUGUAUUGUGGUGCUUAUUCAUUCCUAGAAGGAGUUCUUGAAGAAGCAAUUACUUUAUCAUUCACAUUGGCUUCAGAAGUACUACUUACUUUGGAUUCAGUAAUUACUUCUGUCCAACAAUUCCUGGAGAAGUCGGUGGAAGGAAAAAGUAAGGAUAUUCACAGUGGACUCUUCCGGGAAAUCCUUCCUACCUUGCAGAACAGACUGGGAACUUCUGCUUAUAAAUUAUUAAGGCAUAAUUGGGAUAAUCACAAUCUUGAGAAUGGUUGGAAGAGCAAAGGAGUUGUUCAGAAGAUACUGCAAAUUUACUUGGUAAAUAGUGAUUCCACUUCUGAUUUGCUGUGUGAGCUUGUCUGCUCUAUCUUGCCUCAGGCCACUUUGAGCAAAACAACGGCAGAAGAUGAUUUUCAUGGUUUCCCAACUCUUUGUUCUGCAACAUUUGAUGUGUGGUACCGUGUUAUGCAUGAAGAAAAUCUUCGUGUUCUGAACAAGUUGGUUAAGGAAGUUAUUCUUUUAGGGAAGCCUAGAGCUGGAUUUCAAUUAGAAGCUGUAGAAGUUCUGCUGAAAAACUUACAGAAAACUGUGAAUGUGGUGGUAUCAUUAAUUAACAUGUGCCGGACGCAUGACAAGAUUAGUGUGCAUGCCAUGGCUGUCAAGUAUGGUGGGAAGUUCGUUGAUUCCUUCCUUAAAGUUUUUGAUUUCCUGCAGACCCAAUUUCAGAUCCACAAUGAGCUUAUUAUUCAACUGGUGAAAGAGCUUCAGAAGGCAACAAGAACAUUACAGACUGUAUGUUCUGAAGCAAAGGGCAUGAAACAAACAGCAGUAACCAGCAAAAUUCCUGCUACAAAGAGAUCUUUGGAACGUUUCUUAUUCCAUGUCAAGGCUCUCCUUUAUACUACAUCAAGUGGAUGCACUUUUUGGAUGGGCAAUCUGAAGCAUAAAGACUUGAUGGGUCAGGUGGUGAGCUCUCAAGCAUAUGUAGAUGAACAAAAUGAAAAUGCUGUUGAAGAUUUCGAGGAAACUGUGGUUGAGGAGGAUCAACAAAACAGUGUUGCUAGUGAAGAGGAAAGGGAAACAGAAUGACAAGUGUCUUGUUUUGCAAAAGGCUUAAGUAGAUUAACCUAAGACAAACUGAAGUGAGUCCCUAGAGUUCUGACUUGCUUUAAUUUAGUAAAUGAGCAGUGCUUUUGUUGUUUGAAUGCAGUGUAAAUAUGCGCUUCAUGUCAUAUAACUGAAAUGGUAAUUGUUGCUUUUACCAACUCUCAAGUUCCUGUAUUGUCAAAUCGAAGAAAGCAAAAAGGGGUUAAGGAGAAAAGAAUUCAUUUAUCCUUUUGUAAUUAA